ACCAUUAUCAUUUAGGAAAUUUUACUGAACCUAAUAACCAGACAAACACAUCAACCUCGCCCACACGCACCACCUUGCAACAACAAAACACCAACACCUCUGCAGGGAAGGUUUUUGAUUCUCGGUGUCAAAAUCUGAACAACACACAUGAAGCAAACUCAACCUCAUGCACCACUUCACACCAACACAACACCAGCACCACCACUGCUACAGGCCUCUCACCCACAAGCACUCCAUCACAACCCCCAUCAAUAACAAUGAAAGAUGUAGGGAAUGACACCACCUCACAUCCAAGCACUGGAUCUCCCAGCUCCAUGCACUCCAGCUCAACCUCACCCUCACCCACAUUCACCACCACAUUAAACAACACCACCAUGGGUCCCACAAAAUGUCAGUACAUGCUUACAGACAGUGAGAAUGAAGCAGAAGUCAUUGUGGAGAUUAUCAGUGGCUCCAGUUACCCAACGUAUAGACUCAGGUUGAUGAACAAUCAGAACAACACUUUGUUUGAGGAAAAAGGACCUUCUCCAUUCAAAAUACCGUUUAAAAGCUUAAAACCAUGUACUGAUUACACUGUCACAGUUGAUGAAUGUCAGCUUACAGAAAACCUUAUUCAUUUCAAUGUCCAUAAAAGUACAAGCCAUUCUGCAGAACUUGAGGGGGAAAAGAAAGUGUGUUUUAAAGAUAGCAAAUGGAAUCUGUCAAAAUGUGUUGAUAUAACAGAUAACACCUCCUGUGUUCAGAAGGCCAUUGGCAUUGAACUAGACAAAUGCAACUAUACAAUGAAUGUUGACAUGCCCCCAGUCAAACCUGAAAUAAACUUCACUGAAACUAUCCCCACUCAGUUUGAGUGGCGUAAUAAACCAAGAAACUGUCAGGAAAACAAUUUUAAGGUCCACUGCUCUGGUAAUGCAGGCAAAUCCGAGCAACAUAACUUGAAAAAGGAUGUGUUUUUGGUGCCUUCUGAAAUGUACAACUGCACUGGAAAAUAUGAAUUGAACAAUACAGUCGUUCAAAGCAAUCACAUACUAGUUAACAUCAGCUGCGAUUUUGAAAAUACAACUGAUUUACCUGUAGUAACCUACAACUCAGCUGAGAUUUCAUGGACUCUAUCCUCAAAGAACAAAUGUUCAAGGAUUGAAUUUACAUUUUCAGGCAUUUGUGAAAGUCCUAAAGCUCAAAGUGUUAAAGUCAAAGAUUGUUCCAGGGGAGACUCAACUGGAAAGGGAAGUUGCACAUUUGAAGUACUUGCAUUUACCAGCUAUACAUGUGUUAUUACAGCCAAAAACAACUACCUAAUUUAUACAAUUUCAUAUCCCAUAAAUACACCUUCUCACAAGCCCAAACUUGUGAAGUCAGAUGUAACGGUACGGGAAACAUCUCACAAUUCUUUUUAUGUGAACUGCAAGAACUUGAGUGAAAAUGAUUGGAAUGGAAAGAAGGGAAACUAUACAGCCAAUCUCAUAAACAAAGGCACAACUGAAAAAAAUCAAACUAAUAAGGACUGUUCAUUUUCAUUUGAAAAUCUUUACUACCACACGGAAUAUAAUAUUGAGAUUACAGCCAUGAAUGGAAACGGCAAUACGUCCACUGUUGAAAUGACCAGAUACACUACAUGUAAGA